AUGUGGUUAGUUGCGAAAAACAGUUCCCUGCUGUCACCUGAUCUGACGCUGAUCAUUUUAUAUAUUGCCUUAAAAAAUUUAAGGGUAUUGGGGUCCAUCGGGCCGAGAACCUCGAUACAUAUUGGCAAGAAUUCCAUCGAGGGGAGGGCGUUCCCAUAUUUUUUCAUUUUCUCGUCCGCUGCCCUGGCCGCGGCCAAACCGCAUUCUUUACUUGUCAGGUUUACAUAUCGUUCGGCAAGGGUGCCAGGGACGGUAACAUCCCACGCCAAACAUCUGCCGGCUCUCCAAGGUAUUAGUGUGCAUCCGUCCGGGCGCCUACCAUCAUGCGCAGAAAUGCCGGAUGGUUUCUUGAGAACCGGGAUUGAAGCCUUGGAGAAGAGCCCACAAAUGGCGGUGCGCAGGUCUCCGUCAAAUUCGCCCAAUUUAGAAGGGUCAAUGCGUUUGGAUGUACACAAGAAGUACAUCAAUUUGGGCAAACUGAGGGCAUUGCGGAUAAUAGUCAAGGCAUCAUGA